AUGAUUCAAAUACAGAGCUAUCUUUUUAAGAAGAUAAUCAGCAAGGCACAAGUGAAACGAGAUAAAACAAGAAGAACUCUUAAACGAUCCGGCCCUCCCAAACCGCUAAGCUGUAAACGAAAAUGGAAAGGGAGGAGAAGGAAAUUCAUCUCAAGUCAAAAGCCAUACUCUCAUUCUGGAACCCGUGAAGAAUUCGUAUGUAUCGAUCCUUGGCCAGCCUAUAAAGAUUGCAGCCACGUGUCCCCUCGAUCUGGUCCCGGAUCCGAGUCUUUAUCAAAAUAUUGCUUCGCAAAAGAGACAGUUCAAUCCUGCUUUGAACAAUUUCUCAUUUAUGUUCCUGUCUCUCAGUUCGGGCCCUCGCACGAUGCUACAAAUGAGAAAGCUACCCUGCUCCAAGCCGUGAUUAGGUUCUGGAAGGGUGAUUUCAGACUUCCUGACGUCUCCUGGUUCGAUCUUGUAGGAGGCGGGGCGCUCGCAGGAGAGACAGGAGCACAUGUCCUCGUCGCUGUUGGUGGCCAAAUCGGUGGCGGAGAAGGAAGAGGGAUGAUACAUUUUGUCUGGCCAUACCUGCGAUGGGAAAUCUUAAUUAGAAAACAAGUGGUAAAGAUAUCGCUAGCGGGAGGAAGGGCACGGUCCCCGCGAGCAUACAGGCUAGUUGGAGUUGCCAACGCACUAGUAGACGAGGUAAUUGUGGAAAUAAGUGAUGAAGACCCAGAUAUCGGUUGCUCUCCGUCUGAGUCCCGCCUUUUGACCCCAAGGACAACAACACCUACGCCCACUCCAAGUCAAAGACCGAUGCAAACGACCGCAACGCUGUGUUAA